AUGGCUAAGUUCAACCUAGUUGGCAAAAGUCCUAUGGUUUCCUUAAUGCUGCUUUUUGGUGUGCAAACUGCUACCCUUACCACAACUGGUGCCCAGAUUGGUGUUUGUUAUGGAACACAUGGAAACAACUUACCGCCCCCACAAGAAGUUGUAGCGCACACACAGGAUUACACCAAAUUCAGAUUGGGUUUUUUCAUUCUUCGUUCUUUCCUCUCCUUCCCAUUUAGUUUCAUACUCACUCAGCCAGCCGCCAGCCAGCCACCAGCCACCGAUUCCAAACCUCUCUCUCAACCAGCACGUCACAGUCACACCCCUCUCUGCCGCCGCUCUUCUCUUAGCCUCUCAGUCGUUGCAUUGCAGGCCAGGUUUAGGUCUUCCAAGGGUGGUGCUGGGGUCUUGGAGCGCCCAAAGUUUGACCAAUCCCAAUUUGACCCUGCUACCCAGCUUGAACAAGGAGGAGAUAUUGGACGACUCAAGGACAAGAGAGGUAUUGGGAGUAGGGAUAGUUACAGAGUUUUGAUGGUUGAUGAUGUUCGCCACACUGAGAAAUUAGAAAUCAUGAAUGAGUUGAACCCAUUUGGAGAGGUGCAUGGCCCUACUAAUAGUGAAGUUGGUUCGUCAUCCGCAUCCGUAUCCACAUCCGCAUCCGCAUCCGCAUCUAUAUCAACACCUUUACCCAAUUUACCCAUCCCUCAAACACCAACUCAAAAUACACCUCAUGCCCAAACACAACUUCAACCUAGUGGUCUUCCACCAUUACCUCAUUCCGGCCCAAGAAGAGAAAAAUCGGAAGUAUGGGAUCACUUUGAGAGAUAUGAAGAAGUGGUUGAGAGUGUGAAGGAGGAUGGGAGCAAAUAUGCAACCACUAAGAAGAGAGCUAGGUGCAAGUAUUGCACUAUGAGUUAUGCAGCAGACUCUACUAGAAAUGGGACCUCAAAUUUGAGGAAACAUAUUGAAAACCUAUGUAAGAAAUAUCCGGGGAGGGUUCCUAAAGAUAAACGGCAAAGCUCUUGUCUUUUGACCAAGACCAUGGGGACACUUGUGAGGCGUUUCAUGGCAAUGUAUGAUGCCAUGAAACAAAAAUUGAAAGAAGAAUUAGCACCACAUAGAGUAUGCCUCACAACGGACACUUGGACAAGUGUUCAAAACAUCAAUUACAUGGUCAUCACGGCACACUUCAUAGAUGGUGAUUGGAACUUGCACAAAAGAAUCUUGAACUUUUGUGUCAUUUCCAAUCACAAGGGGAACUCAAUUGGUAAACUCCUUGAGUCAUGUUUGCUUGAUUGGGAUAUGAAGAAGAUAUUAACCAUCACGGCCGAUAAUGCUUCUUCAAACACAAAGGCUAUAGAUUAUUUGAAGUCGAAAAUGGGCCAUUGGGGAAACGGUAGUCUUCUACUAGAGGGAAAGUAUAUGCACAUUAGGUGUUGUGCUCAUAUUGUGAAUUUAAUAGUUCGUGAUGGGUUGAAGAAGUUGGAAAAAAGCAUAUUGUGUAUAAGAAAUGCGGUGAAGUAUGUAAGAUCUUCUCCCAAAAGGUUAGAAGACUUUAAGAGUUGCGUUAAGAAAGAGCAAAUUGAAUGCAAAGGGCUUGUGGUGUUGGAUGUGCCAACAAGGUGGAAUUCCACAUAUAUGAUGUUGGAAGCCUCCUUAAAGUUUGAAAAGGCCUUUUGGAGAAUGGGAGAAGAUGAUGAAGGUCCAUAUAUUUCUUGGUUUGGUGAAGAUGAACCGGAUGUCGAAGAUGGGGUGGUUAUGUCUCAUUACCCUAGAAAGAGGGAAGGGCCACCAACUAAUGAGGAUUGGAACAAUGCUCGUACCUUUGUGAAUUUUUUAAAGGUAUUUUAUGAUGCUACAUUGAAGAUGAGUGUCACUUUGCAUCCCGCUUCCCACACCACAUUUCAUGACUUGAUUGCAAUGGAAGAAGAAAUUGAGGAUUUGUUGAUGGAAGAGGAGGAAAUAUUAAGUGAAACCCAAACCUCCAAGGUUUUGAAGGACAUGGCACUUAACAUGAAGAUGAAGUUUAAAAAGUAUUGGGGUGACCUUGAUAAAUUGAACCAAAUGUUGAUGGUUGCUCUUGUUCUUGACCCUCGAUACAAAUUGGGGAACUUGGAGUUUAUCUUGAAAAGUCGGUUUGAGAAUCCGGAAGAUGCGGUUAAGAAGAAGAAUGAGAUCAAAGAGAUUUUAAAGAAGCUUUAUGAAGAGUACGCCAUGCCACCACCACCACCACCACCAUCUACUCAAAGUAGUAGUUAUUCUAGUGAUACUACUACAAUGAAUACAAGUAGUAGCCUAAACCGAGGGGGAAAGAAACGAAGGCAAAUGACUGAAAAUUGGAGAAAAGAGACUCAAGCAAAUGAUGUUGUGGUAUUGGAGCAUGAGAUUGAUAGGUACAUCACCGACCCUAUUGAAGAUGUGGUUGAUGAAUUUGAUGUUUUGAAGUGGUGGAAAUUGAAUGGGGUUAAGUAUCCGGGGUUGGCACUUAUUGCAAAGGAUGUGCUUGCCAUCCCGGUAUCAACGGUGGCUUCGGAAUCAUGCUUUAGCACGGGUGGUCGGGUAAUUAAUUCAUUUCGUGCUUCUUUGACUCCUAAGAUUGUGGAGGCCUUAAUUUGCUCUCAAAAUUGGUUAAGGUCGGAUGACAUAUCCUCUUUACAAUAUGAGCCAACAAUUCAAGAGAUGGAGUUCUAUGAAUCGAUUGAAUUAGAUAUUAUGAGUUCAUCCACACCUAGCACCAUAGCUCCAACUACUUUUCAAUGUUAGGAGGAAUUUAAUUUGGGUUGUAAUGUAUAUUUGGAUUGAAUUUGGGUUGUAUUUGGCUAGUAAUUUAUUUUGGAACUUAUUUUGUUGAAGUUUGAUUUAAUUUGGG